UCGGGAACUCAUGAAAGAUCCAUCAUAUCGUGCGAAAACAAUGAGAGAUCUUCAUCGACGAAUUUCAGCAGCAGUCCAUGAAUAUCAUCAAAAAACUCCUUUUGAAAUGAAAACAACAUGGGAGAGUUAUUUUGGUGUUACGGAAUUAACCCUAUCACCAACUUUAGAGAUAGAUGAAUCUCAAUUGGAAGAAAAUUCAACAAUUAACUCUUUAAUCGAUAAAUAUCAAGAAACUGACAACGAAAUUUCAAAUUCAUUGAUAAAAUCGAUUAAAAUUCAAGAAGAAAGUAGUUCAUUAGUAAAACAAAUUUUGAAGGAUAUUAAGGUACUGAGAGCCAUAUUACGUGAACCUGAUGAAAAUUUAUCAGACAUGUAA